ACUGAACGUGAAGAAAGCAAUAGGUUACGUCGGGAACAGGACAAGGCAUAUGAAGAAUCCUUGGCACGAGACCGUGAGAAAGUUGCAACUCGGGAGGCAGAGGCACGUGCCCGCGCGGAGGCCGAAAAGAUGGCCCGUGUAGAGGAGGAACGUGCCUCUCGCGUAGAUCGCGCUUGCCGCUUGCGCCACUUGCGUUGGCGAGCACACUUUAGUCGGGAAAACUCUUCGUCGUUACCUCCUACCAACUCGAUAGGCUCAGAUUCUUCUUCAAUAGUACAGCUGCGCAUAAAGUUGCCAAAUACUACCGUAUCCAGGAAUUUUUCCAUCCACCAUUCAAUCAAGGCAGACUCGCUUAACACCAAAAUCUUCAUUCCAUUUCAGAUACUUCACUACUUUGUGCUAUCACAGGAGGGUUCUCCUCGCCACUUCGAGAUCCAGACUAAUUUUCCAAAAAGGAUAUUAGAUUGUAAGCCUCCGGAGGAGUCAGAUAUCGAAGAUUAUGCGAGCAGCCGCAUCUCAGCUUUAUCUGAGACCCCAGAAAGCGUAGAUGCAGUCAGCGCAGAAGGCGAACAAUACGGCCUCUCCGAAACGGACAUCGCCAAAUUGGGAUUGAUGGCAAGAAGAUCAGAAUCAGGUUUUAUCGAUUGGAAACCAUGCACUGGGGAUCCAUCUUCCUUUGCUGAAGUCGGACUCACCUCUCGCCAAAUGGUCUACGUUAUCGACAAAGACGCCUGA